AAACAGGACUAGGCGAUCGACGGAAAGUAACUGCAACUUCUAUUCCGUCUUGAGGCACGACUUCUUCACGUGUUCUCUCCUACAUCUUCUUGGUGGCCGUGACUUCUCUGAACACCUCGCGUCAAACUUCACGCACGACCCAGCAAACAUGGCUUCCCCGGCAGAAACCUCCGUUACGUACGAGGAAUUGCGCGACCUCGAGAACGAGUUCGAGGAUGUUGAGACCGAGAUCAUCCGCCAGCAGGUCCAGCUGUCCCGCCCACUCUACGAGAAGCGCGAGAAGGUCGUAGCCCAGAUCCCCAACUUCUGGCCCUUGGUUUUCGAGCAAGCACCGCAAGACAUUGACGAGUACAUCCAACCACAAGACUCCGCCCUUUUGCUCUCGUCCCUCACCUCGUUCUCCAUUUCCCAUUUCGAAAUCGAGAAUGGUGGCUCCGGAGACCCUCGUAGCGUCCUCUUCCGCUUCGAAUUCGCCGAAAACGAGUACUUCGAGGACAAGGUGCUGGAGAAGAAGUUCUGGUCGCGCAGAAGCAAGGGCGGCUGGACGGGUUUGGUGAGCGAGCCGGUGAACAUCAAGUGGAAGAAGGGCAAGGACCUAACGAGUGGCCUGCUCGGCUUGGUCAAUGCCGUCUGGGAAGAGGAGAAGGCUGUUGGCAAGCAUUGGUCGACCGUUAAGGGCGAGGAAUUUACGGAUAAGCAAAAGGAACUUAAGGACCAGAUCGAGAAGAUCGGGCUCGGAGGCCUUAGCUUCUUUGCCUGGUUCGGCUACAGGGGUAGGAGAGUCUCUGCCGAGGAGAGCAAGGCUGCCUCUGAGAAGCUUCAAGAACAGCUUUUUUUUUGUUGUUGUUGUUGUUGUUAUUUUUAACGUCUACUUCCGCCUCCCGUAGGGCAUGAGACGUGCCACAUCGGUGAGGCAGUGGUAG